UCCAUGGUGACGGCUGCUGAGCAUCAUGGUUACUGUAGUUUUGAACAGAGUGAUUUAAAGUGGAGGGAGACGGUGGAGAUCCCCCUUCAUGAUAAAAACAAAGUCAGAAAGUGUUCAAGAUGACAUCGAUAAUUGUCUGUUAUUGAUCCAGAAUCAGAAUCAUCAAAUCGAAACAAGGAGCUAAAAGAGGCUCAAACAAUUCAGAGCUGCAGUUCAUCAGCACCAGACACAUUUUACUGUCACUGACUUUUUAUUUAUUUUUUAUAUCAUUAUUAAUAUAUAUGUUUUUUGAUAUAACUCACAGGUGUGAAUAAUCAUAGUCGUUAAUCUCAGUCUGAGUGGUCCGGUGCUCAAAACCCAGCAGCCAAACGGCCAUAUGUACCUGCAGCAGCUAGAGGUCUGAGCUGCAGGUGGAGUUCGGAGCUGCAGGUGGAGGUCGGAGCUGCAGUGGGCGUGUUGGUGGAGGAGCCAUCAGCUGCUCAUCAGUCAGCUCAGAAAGUGAAAUCAUCAUUUUCAACAAGAACUUUUGGUUCACUGGAUACGAAUGUGGCCGGGAUCUCAGCUUUAUGUUAAUGAAGAGCAACCAAAGCAAUGUCACGCUUGGAAACGCAAUGCAACAGUGGGUCAUGGAGGUGUCGUCUCACAGCCUCUUCCUGCUGCAGCAGCUCAAUGUUCAGAGAGAAUUCGGCUUCCUGUGUGACUGCACCGUCGCCAUCGGAAACGUCUACUUCAAAGCUCACCGUGCUGUGCUCGCCGCCUUCUCCAAUUACUUCAAGAUGAUCUUCAUCCACCAGUCCAGUGAGUGUAUAAAGAUCCAGCCCACAGACAUCCAGCCAGACGUCUUCAGCUACCUGCUGCACAUCAUGUACACCGGCAUGUGUCCCAAGCAGCCCGUGGAUCAGAGCCGGCUGCAGGAAGGCAUCAAGUUCCUUCAUGCCUACCAGCUGUGCCGGAAACCUGGCGAAGGCGCCACCGACACCACCACUGACGUGGUACGGAUGUCCAACCUGUAUGGCAUCCAGAUAUCCUCCCAGCUGGCAAAUAAGGAGGCGGGCGGUGUCCCCAAGUCCACAACAGUGUCCUGCGGGGCCCCUGAUGAUGGAUGCUCCUCCAGCCGGGGGGGGCGGUCCCACUCCCAGCUAUCCCUCGCCGUUGGACUGGAGGGGGUCCCAUCAGACCGCCAGGCCUCAACGCUACGCAACGUUUGCUCCGUUGCGUCUGGAGACGACUCAGACAUCUCGACUCGCAUCAAGCAGGAGCGGCUGGAGGAGGAGGAGGGUGAGGAUGGUGAGAGGGAGGAGGGUCAGGGGGUGGGGUCUCCAUCUCCAGCUCAGGGCAGCAGUCCCAGUCAGAGCCUCCUGUUCAAAGACCGGCCUCUGGUCCUGCUGUGUCCACGAUGUGGAGAACGCUGUUCUUCCCCCGAGGGCCUGCGAGAGCACCUGUUCAGCCACGCCCUCGACCCCACCCGCCUGAUGGAGGGAUUGUCGCAGAGUGGCGAGCUAGAUGCCGGCGUGGAGGAGGGGCCUCCAGGGGGCCAGGAGCAACUGGAUGCAGGAUGUCUGGAGGAGGCUCUGAGGCAGAGUCAGGCACUCGCCAACCAGCUGGCUGCAGAGCUGCGGAGGAGCCGGGGGGAUGGAGGAGGAGAAGGAGGUGGAACCAGCCCGACUCCCGCCGUCCUGCACUCUCGCAAACGUAAGAUCGCUUGCGCUGUCUGCAGUCUGCGCUUCGCCCACAAGAGUCAGCUGCAGGAGCACAUGUACACACACACUGGCAAGCCGUCACGCUACCACCGCUACAACCGCCUCUGCAGCCAGCUCUUCCAGGCCUCCGCCCACUUCUGCGAGGGUGCCGCAGAGCCUGGGGGCGGGGCCGGGGCCUCUGCCGGCAACGUGACGCUCUCUGAGGAGGCCAACAGGGACACUCAGGACAAUGGCAGCUCCUGCUACUCUCUGGACUCUGAGAUCUCCCAGGAGAGUGUUGACGGUGUGCAUGUCGAGUGAUGUCAUCAGGUGAACCAUGGCAGGUGUUUCACCACCAGGUGCCAUGACUGAACACACAGGUGGUUCUGCUCUGAACCUGGUCUCUCAGACUGGACUCUGAGGUUUGUGUUGUCAUUGUGUUUCUGUCUCUGCUGCUGUGUGAUGGUCUGGUACCUGUGCAGGUGUGUGUGUGUGUGUGUGUGUGUGUGUGUGUGUGUGUGUGUGUGAUCAUGUGGUUAUCAGCUGCCAGGGGAUGACUUUGAAAUGAUCGAUCAGUCGACAGAAAAUUAAUCAGCAGAUAUUUGAAAACUGUAAAGAAUAUUUGCUGAUCAUCUUCUAUAAGAAUCAGUUUGUUGGUUGAACAAGAGAAAACAUGAAGACGUCAGCGUGGAUUCAUCGAUAAUCAGAAAAUAAUCAGCGGAUUGAUAAUAAGUCAGUUCAUCAUGAACAUUGCAUCCUGUUUGUUUCAUCGGUUCAUGUUUGUUUCUGUGUAAACUGACACUGUGUUGAAUCCGGAUCUUCCACGCUCAAUAGCAGACAGUGAACACCUCUGAGGAAGACACACGUUGAAAUGUCGGACUGUUCCUUUAAUGUACCAUCAGUGUGACACCAGACUGUCUGUAGAUCAGUUUUAGUGCCUUUGUCUGCUCGUUUGUGUUGUUUCCAUCAAAGCUUCACGACAAUCUGAUAUGAACUGUGUAAGACGAUCACUGAUGCUCGAUUUCUUCUGUCUGGGUCGGAAAACCGAAGCUCGACUGAACUUCUGUUAAAGGAUCGUUCCACUGUUUCACUAAAGAAGUCCUGCUAACAUUUCUGAUCGUUCUGCGCUUUAUAGAUUAAUGUAUCGUAUUGACCCGAAUAUAGAACAAGAUUUUUUUUUGAUGAAAAUAAUGUAAAGAAGUGAGGUCAUCUUAUAACUGGGGUCUAACCGUUUACACAUGCUGAUAGUUGUCUGGGGUCGCUACACUACCGCAACGGCAGAGGGCGGCAGCUUAUGGUAGAGACAUCACUGACACUGUGGCUGGGGUCAUCUGUCAAUCACAGUGGAGAAGUGACAGGAGAUGAAAAAUGGAGAGGCGCUGUGAUUGUACAGAGCAAAGUGGAUCAAACGUGGGGCAAGUUUACAGACAUCUGAGGCGGAGCUAUGAUGCUAAUUUUAAGAUAAUGGUGGUCAAUGCUGCAGAGGCGUCAAACAACUGUCAGCCAGCCAAGAAAUAUGGAGUUACCGAGUGUAACGUCUGAAGAUGGUGGGUCCAAAAAGACCGUUUGAAAAACGCUAACAGUAAGAGAAAAGCUUAUCGUGGUCCUCAAAGCGGCCGCUUCCAAGAGAUUUAAAGGAGGGUAUGUGAGUUUGUCAUUGAGAAAUGAAACAAAGGCAUGCCCAUUACCAUUAAUUAUUCAAAUGUAUUUAAACAAAGUCAAUUUUGGUAAUCAGAAUCUUUUUCUGAGAAGAGGAGUCGUCUAAUAAUCAGGGUCGUCCUAUAUUCGGGUCAAUACGAUAGUUGGUUUCAGUUCCUCUUCACACUAAACACACAGUUCGAUGUGACUUAGAAAACUAAAACGCCACAAUAAACAAUUAAAAUGUCUGAAAUACGUCUAAAUGAAAAGGGAAUUGAAAUAUAAUGAUGAUAAAAAUGUUUAGAAUAAUGAUCGUCAGCGUGCUGCUGGUUCGAUGUCAGUCGACUUGUAAUUAAAGAAACAGAGUACUACAGUAUAACUUUAUUUUGAAAGGGGAACAAUAAAAACAGUGUAAUGGUCCUUAAACUGGAGGUGGUCAGGUGACCAACGUUCAUUGAUCAGAACCUCCCUGUUGAGAUAUUAUUGAUUAUUGAUUGGUGACUUCAUUUUCAUUGUGUUUCACUGUAAAAAGAAUCCAAACAGGAAGUUUGUGUCGACAUGUUUUGUACAUAGACGUCUGUUUUUUCAUUGAUGGAACAAUAAAGUUUUGUAAAUGAAA